GGAGGAGUUGGGUGGUAUGAAUCAUUCAGUAGAUGGCAUCAAGAUUUUGGGUAUCAAAAGCUGCUUCAUAUCUCAAGAACUUUACUUUCAGUAGAGGUUUUGCUUCAGUUGGUGGUAAAGAUUUGAAGUAUGCUGACUCACAUGAAUGGGUCAAAUUGAAAGGCAACUCUGCGAUCAUCGGUAUCACAGACCAUGGUCAAGACCAUUUAGGAGACGUGGUUUCCGUUGAAUUACCGGAGGUUGGAGACACUAUAACUCAAGGAAGCAGUUUUGGUGCAGUUAAGAGUGUGAUGGCUACUAGUGUUAUUAACUCUCCUGUUUCUGGGAAGGUUAUUGGAGUCAACAAAGACCUCACUACUUCACCUGGCUUGGUUAAUGGAAGCCCAUAUGAGAAAGGGUGGAUAAUAGAAGUGGAGAUAAGCGACACGAAUGAGGUCAACUCCCUGAUGAACUCCGAAAGAUAUUCAAAGUUUUGUGAAGAAGAAAAAAGAAAUUUUUUUCGUGGCGGGGGUUGUGGUGGCGCUGGAUGUGGUAGUGCCGGAGCUUGCGGCGGAGGUUGCGGUGGGGGUUGCGGCGGUUGACAACCUAUCCUCCAUGCACUCUCUUGCUUACACUUUUUUUUCCUAAUCGUUUGUCCUUUGAUGUUAAACAUGGCGAUUUCCACGAUUUGAUGUUCAAUGUAUUAUGAUACGUACAU